AUAAGACGCCACUAGAGAGGUGGUCUACUUUCGUUUUGUUGUAACAGAGAUUAGCUAAACGCGCCACUAUUUCAUUGUAAAGCCACGCUGUGGGAACUAAGUUUGUGGAGCGCUGAAAUUCGGCCGUUCAGUGUCUGACUUGGCGAGACUCGACGAGAUCUCUUGAGUAUUGGCUGCUGAUCGAAUUGUCAAUCCACACGGAUAGAUUAGCUGGAUGCAUAUUGGUCAAUAUUUGUGAUAUGGAACGGUAAUGUUUAAUGAGAGCCGAGGACAUUGUACGUUAAACAAGCGUAUUGACGAACCAAAACCACUCAACUCACGAAUAGCGCAAAAUUAACUUACUAUUGUCUAUAGCGUUAUUCGUUCAAAAGGGUCACGUGACUGUUACGCUUACCUGCGGCGCGUGAACUUGACAAUAACUCGCCACGUCCGAGUGAAAUUUGAUAUAUAAAAAAAUAUAACCGAUCUGAAACAGUAUUUUAGUUAAACAAUUUGAAAUUAAGUCAAGUAUGGAAGCCAUCAAUAUCAGUGAAUCAUUUGGAUAAUAAUUUACCUGGAAGUUUUUAUAUCAAAGAGACGCCGCUGUUAUUUAAACGAGGUUUAUUUGUAAAAUACAGGUGUGAAGCAUCAUGGGUAGUCUCGUGAAUGAUGAACCCGGCGAGCAGAUGGAGGUCAACACAGUUAUACCCUUAAAUGAUAAAAGUAUGGAAACAUUUCCAACGGAGAAUUCGUACAUGACGAAACCUGGAUAUAGAAGUGAAGAAGAGGGCGAAGAUGAAAACCGAGAAACUUGGAGUAAAAAAGUAGAUUUUCUUCUUUCUGUGAUAGGUUUCGCUGUGGAUCUGGCAAAUGUUUGGAGGUUUCCUUAUCUGUGUUAUAAAAAUGGAGGCGGAGCCUUUCUUAUACCCUAUCUUGUGAUGUUGUUAGUUGGCGGUAUACCGUUAUUUUAUAUGGAACUGGCUUUAGGUCAAUUCAACAGAACCGGUGCCAUAACUUGUUGGGGAAGACUCUGUCCACUUUUUAAAGGUAUCGGAUGGGCGGUAGUGCUGAUCGCCUUCUACACCGAUUUCUUCUACAAUGUGGUGAUUGCCUGGUGUCUCCAUUUCUUCAUCUCGUCUUUUACCGGCCAACUGCCAUGGGUAACAUGUAAUAAUGACUGGAACACCGAUCUCUGUCGUGCUGAUACGUUGGCACUACCCGGCAAUUCAUCCAACGUCAACGAUACGUUAUAUAACAUGACUUUCUUUGGAAACCUUACUAACCAAACAAUGGGUACACAACUCUUUGCCAACAUGUCAAAAUCGCCAGCUUUAGAAUAUUUCGAACGAGGUAUGUUAGAGCUGCAUAAAAGUGGUGGUGUAUUUGACGUGGGGUAUUUAAAAUGGCAGCUGGUCCUGUGUCUGCUUGGUGUCUAUCUCAUCUGUUAUUUCAGUUUAUGGAAGGGAAUUCACACAUCCGGAAAGGUUGUGUGGUUUACUGCUCUCUUCCCCUAUGUUGUACUGUUUAUUUUGAUGUGUAGAGGGGCCACGUUACCCGGAGCUGCAGAUGGGGUGAGAUAUUACUUGACCCCCAAUUUUACCAGUCUGGCCAGUUCUGAGGUAUGGGUCGAUGCUGCAACCCAGGUGUAUUUUUCAUUAGGACCAGGAUUCGGUGUUUUGUUGGCCUACGCCAGUUACAACCAGCUGAAUAAUAACGUAUACAGAGACGCUUUAUUAACAAGUGCCAUCAACUGUUUGACCAGUUUCUUCUCCGGGUUUGUUAUUUUUAUGAUCCUGGGGUACAUGUCCCUUAAAUCAAAUGUGCCGAUAUCCAAGGUAGCAACUGAAGGUCCUGGAUUGGUAUUUGUCGUUUAUCCUGAAGCCAUAGCAACACUUCCGGGUGCGACAUUUUGGUCCAUUAUUUUCUUUUUGAUGUUGCUAACGUUGGGAUUGGAUAGCUCAUUUGGAGGAUCUGAAGCCAUCAUCACAGCUUUAGGAGACGAGUUCCCGAUUCUCAGAAAACAUCGGGAAAUAUUUGUCGCUGUUCUCUUCGCUAUUUACUUUCUGUUUGGUUUGGCUAGUGUGGCACAGGGUGGCGUGUACGUCGUUAAUCUAAUGGAACGUUUUGCUGCGGGAUACUCCAUUUUGUUUGCCGUGUUUUUUGAGGCAAUGGUUGUCUCCUGGGCUUAUGGUGCUGAAAAAUUCGCUGAAGAUAUUGAAGUUAUGAUUGGUCACAAGCCAGGACGUUAUUGGAUGUGGUGCUGGAAGUUCGUAGCUCCAAUAUUUCUUAUGACUAUUAUGAUAUUUGGACUUGUUCACUAUACGCCAUUAACCUAUGAUGAUUAUACCUACCCGUUAUCAGCCAGUUUGAUUGGUUGGGCUAUAGCACUAUCCUCCAUAUUGUGUAUACCGGGCUUUGCUAUAUAUAGUAUCAUUACAGCCAAGGGCACAUUAAUGCAGCGUUUGUCAUUCCUCCUCACUCCACAGAAUAACCGUGAAGCCAAGAUACGGAAAAGUAUCAACACCAUUAAAGUCAAUGAAAAUAAUGUCGGAGAUCAUGUAUAAUGGAUAUAAGCGACGGAAAAUGCACGUGAAAUUCAAAGGCCAAAUAAACUGAACACGUGAUGUUGACAUAAUAAUUGCUGGUUACCACCGGAAGUCCGAAAACUUAAUUGAACUUCGCCAUUUUGAAAAGUACGUUAGUCGCCAUUUUGAUAAAAGAUAAAACAGAAGAACACCUUUUCUGUUAGUCUAGAUUUUGUGAACAAUUAGAUAAUUAUUAGAUUGGAGAUAAAAAAAAACAUUAUGUAAAUUUGGAUUUUAUGACGUCAGAAACUAAAGACUAAAGAUGGCGUCGAGAAAGAUAAAAAAAAAUGUGACUUCGCAAGAUGGACACGUCUUGGAAAGAUAGUCAUUGUGUUAAAUGACAGUUUUUAUUCGUGAAACAUAUUAGUGACUGGUAGUAUGAGAACUUUAAUUGUAUGCACGUACAAAGAAGCAAUUUAGUAAUUAAUGCAAUAGUGUUGAAUAUGUAGCAACAUUAUUGUUUUGUUUUUUGUGUGUUUCUAUAGCCACGGGUGCGCAUGUGCCUUAGUUAGGCCCACUGAUAUCAUGCUUCGUUAAUAAUAAUAUGUACAAUCUGUAUUAUAGAUUUAAUUCACGUGUGCUGUGUAAAUAGCUUUAUAAAUAUACACA